AUGAAAACCGUAUCUAUCCUCAUCGCUGCACUCACCGGCGCCCUCGCCGCACCAACACAAGAAACGUACUACAAGCUCGUCGCUUCAGCUCCCGGCAAGCCCAUCGACAACCAGCCGCUGAAGCCCAACGCCGAAUUCUGGUACAUCGGAAAAGAGGCCAACUCGACCUGCGGCGACGUAGCCCCCGCCGUCACCGUGACCAGCACGGGACGCCUGGGCUUCUACGCGGACGGACACCAAAACCAGCAGUACUCCUACGUCGAUGUUUCCGGAGGCGGCAAGGGUCUUUUCGGCUUUACCCUCCCAAAUAAAGCCGCGGAGCAGUGGGACCGGGUGGACGUCUUCACGCUGGCUGGCUCAGAGGAGGAUAACAUCAAGCUGAUCUACGACAAAGAUGGCAGCAAUUGGCUCGCUUGCCCUACUGACUUCGCGGGCCAGUAUACUAUCUACCCUGAGAAAGCGUACGACAGGCAUGCUCCAACGAGCGACUGCAUUUCGUUUGAGGCUAGAGCGGAAAAAGUGGAGACCCCGAAGAGUGUCUGCGUCUACAACUAA